UCGAAAAGGCUGCGAGCCGAGCGCGCGCAAUCCGUAUUGGGGUUUUCUCUCUGUUUAGCUGGAAAAUGCAGAAAUAAAAAUAAAGAUUGGCACCCAAAUCAUCCAGAUUACAUAAAAGAACUCGUUCCUAGAAUUACAACUCUGAAGGAGGUUGAGAAAGAAUCAGGAAAGGUGCUGAAGACACUAAGCGAAGCAGCAAGAAAAGCAUCUUCAAGGCUUUCACAGCCCUGUUACUUGAUAUGACCGAUAAAGCAGAACUGCCGCGAAACGUUUCCUCCCUUGAAGCAGCUGCCUGAGGACGCGACUUACACAAUAAACUACAAGGAGGAAGGGAGGGGCACUUUUGAUUUUUAACAGGAGGUCUGCGAAGGACAACGUUUUAUCCGUUUACAAAUUCAGGAUCAAUUAAGAUUUCUGCUUUCUUUACUUCGCCACGGAACGAUUGGAUGUAAUCCAUAAUUGACAUGAGUAACAUUGUGGAAGAAUGUCUUUACAAUGCAUUGAAUGAACUCAUUGAGAAACAAUUUAAAGAAUUUAAAUGGAAGCUAAAUCGUAUUAAUUAUGCUGGAGAGCAAAACAUUCCUAGAGCUUCUUUGGACAAAGCUGAUGAACAAGAUGUUGUAGAUCUCAUGAUUCAACAUUAUGGAGAAGAUGCUCUAGAGGUGUGCAUUGAUGUCCUUCUAAAAUGCAAUAGGAAAGAUCUUGCAAAAAACCUUGAAAAAACUCGAAAGAAAGAUGUUGAUGCUCACCAAUUUGUAGAUUCAUCAGAAUACAGAAACUACAUUAAAAAAAAGUUUGAAACAAUGAAAGAUCCUAAUGCUGUUCCUGGUGAAUAUGUGCCUCUAAAGCAGAGAUACUCAAAGCUAAUCAUCCUAGAUUAUCAUCCAUCUGAAGAGGAGAGAGAAGAUGAAAUUCUGGCAAUAGGAAGGAAACAUUUUGAAAUCAUCAGCAAAAGAGCUGAGUCUUCAGCCAGCAUUGAAACAUUAUUUAAUCCUGAUAAAUAUGGAUUAAUUCCACAAGUUGUUGUGUUACAAGGAGCUGCAGGAAUUGGAAAAACCAUAAUGGCCAAAAAAAUCAUGUUUGAUUGGGCUUCUCAACUACUUUACCAGGACAAAUUUAAUUAUGCUUUCUAUAUUUGCUGCAGAAAGUUGAAUCUCCAUUCAGAGGCAGAGAAGAGUAGCAUUGCAGAGAUAAUUUCAGAAGAAUGGCUCAAGCGUCACGAAUUGAAAAAUGUCAUUGGAAACAUACUGAAGAAUGAAGAGAAGCUUCUGUUCAUCAUUGAUGGGUUUGAUGAAUUUAGGUAUUCCUUUGAUCAGCCCAAAGAUUCCUCUUGCACUGAUCCCUGGAAGAAGGAGCCAGUGAGAAUUCUUUUGAACAGUUUAUUUCAAAAAAAGCUUCUUCCUAAAUCCUCUCUUAUAAUCACAACAAGACCUACUGCUUUGGAGAAACUCCAUCAAUUUCUAGAGCACUCACGCAAUUUUGAGAUAUUGGGGUUUUCCACAAGGGAAAGAGAAGAAUAUUUCUACAAAUUUUUUGAAAACGAAGACCAAGCAACUCAAGUUCUCCGAUUUGUUAAACAAAGUGAUACACUUUUCACCAUGUGUGUCAUUCCCCUUGUGAGCUGGAUCAUCUGCACAGUGAUGAAACAGGAGAUGAAGAGAGGCAAGGAUCUGCAGAAGACACCAUAUACCCUCACUGCAAUCUAUAUGCUGUAUUUCUCAAGUUUGUUAAAGUUUCAUCACAAAGAAUCCAAACAGGAUGUUCAAUCAAAUGUGAAAGGGUUAUGCUCUUUGGCUGCAGAAGGGGUUUGGGAACAGAAAACAUUAUUUAUGAAAGAAGAAGUCAAGAAGCACAGUUUGGAUCAUGGAAACUUCCUCCCCCUUUUUCUGAAUCAGAGCAUCUUCAAAAGGGGCAUUGAUUGUAUUCAAACCUUCAGCUUCAUUCAUUUAAGCUUCCAGGAGUUUUUUGCUGCUUUGUUUUAUGUCCUAGAAGAAGGAGAUGAACAGCAUUCUGAAAAUCAGAAUAAAAAUUUGCAAGCACUUUUAGAAAGACAUAAAUCUUUUAGGCCUGAUUUUGCAGUAGGAUUUCGCUUCCUCUUUGGUUUUUUAAAUGAAGGAAAAAGAAUGAGAGAGUUGAAAAAAGAAUUUGGAUGGGAAAUUUCUCCUAAGAAUAAAGAAUUCUUGUUAGACUGUAUAAAAAAUAAUAUUACAAAAAGGAGAUGUAAUUUCCAGUUGCAAAAAGAAAUGUUUAAUUAUUUAUAUGAGACACAAGAUGACAAUUUUAUAAAAAAUGCAAUAUGUGAUAGCACUGAAAUAGAUUAUCAGUGCAACUCAGAUAUGGAAUUGAUGAUCCUGGGCUAUUGUAUACAACACUGCCAGAAUUUAAAGUACCUUUUUGUCAAAGGUUCUGAAUUUCUACAUUAUGCAGAGACAGAAUCAUUUCUUCCAGAAAAAGAGGAAUGGAGUUUGGAUGAAAGAUAUAUGGAAGACUUCUUUAAAGCACUGACCAAACUGAAAAACUUAAGUAUCCUCAGGCUCGAGGGAUGGUCCUUCACAGAGUCCUGCAGCAGGCAUCUUGUUGAAGUCUUGAGGAAAAACCAGAGAUUGAAAGAGUUAGUGUUAGAGUUCCUCAAGGAUACAGAUGAGACAGCAGUGGAUUUGCUGUGUGAGGGGCUCCAACAUCCAGACUGUGUAGUAGAAACACUCAGCAUUGAAAUCACAAAUGAAUCCAACAUGAGGCACCUUGCAGACGUAAUCAGGAAAAACCAGAGAUUGAGAUGUUUAUUCCUGGCAAUGAAGAACUUAAAUGACAAAACAAUGGAAAUCCUGUGUGAGGGCCUCAAACAUCCACAAUGUACAAUAGAGAGGCUACAGAUUGAUGGAGAGAUCGCAAAUGAAUCCAACAUGAGGCAUCUUGCAGACGUAUUCAGUAAAAACCAGAGAUUGAGAGACUUAUUACUUUCAAUAAAUAACUUAAAUGACAAUACAAUGGAAGUCCUGUGUGACGGCCUCAAACAUCCUCAAUGUAUAAUAGAGACGCUACUGCUUUGUGGCGAGAACACAAAUGAAUCUUAUAUGAAGCAUCUUACAGAAGUAUUCAGGAAAAACCAGAGUUUGAGAGAAUUAUGCUUGUUCCUAAAGAACCCAGAUGACAGAGCAAUCAAAGUCCUGUGUGAGGGCCUCAAAUAUCCACAAUGUACAAUAGAGGGACUGAAGCUUGGUGGUGAGAUCACAAAUGAAUCCUACACAAGGCAUCUUGUAGAAGUAUUCAGGGAAAACCAGAGAUUGAGACAAUUAGCCUUGUCUCUAAACAAUCCAGAUAACAGAGCAAUGGAAGUCCUGUUUGAGGGCCUCCAACAUCCAGAAUGCUCAAUAGAGAUGCUACUGCUUGAUGGAGAGAUCGCAAAUGAAUCCUAUGUGAGAUAUCUUACACAAGUAUUUGGGAAAAACCAGAGAUUGAGAGAGUUGUUCUUGUCCCUCAAAAACCCCGAUGACCCAGCAAUGGAAGUCUUGUUUGAGGACCUCGAACAUCCAGAAUGCUCAAUAGAGGUGCUACAGCUUGAUGGAGAGAUCGCAAAUGAAUCCUAUGUGGGAUAUCUUACACAAGUAUUCAGGAAAAAACAGAGAUUGAGAGGGUUGUUCUUGUCCCUCAAAAACCCCAAUGACCCAGCAAUGGAAAUCCUGUGUGAGAGCCUCAAACAUCCACAAUGUACAAUAGAGAGGCUAGAGCUUUGUGGCGAGAACACAAAUGAAUCUUAUAUGAAGCAUCUUACAGAAGUAUUCAGGAAAAACCAGAGUUUGAGAGAAUUAUGCUUGUUCCUAAAGAACCCAGAUGACAGAGCAAUCAAAGUCCUGUGUGAGGGCCUCAAAUAUCCACAAUGUACAAUAGAGGGACUGAAGCUUGGUGGUGAGAUCACAAAUGAAUCCUACACAAGGCAUCUUGUAGAAGUAUUCAGGGAAAACCAGAGAUUGAGACAAUUAGCCUUGUCUCUAAACAAUCCAGAUAACAGAGCAAUGGAAGUCCUGUUUGAGGGCCUCCAACAUCCAGAAUGCUCAAUAGAGAUGCUACUGCUUGAUGGAGAGAUCGCAAAUGAAUCCUAUGUGAGAUAUCUUACACAAGUAUUUGGGAAAAACCAGAGAUUGAGAGAGUUGUUCUUGUCCCUCAAAAACCCCGAUGACCCAGCAAUGGAAGUCUUGUUUGAGGACCUCGAACAUCCAGAAUGCUCAAUAGAGGUGCUACAGCUUGAUGGAGAGAUCGCAAAUGAAUCCUAUGUGGGAUAUCUUACACAAGUAUUCAGGAAAAAACAGAGAUUGAGAGGGUUGUUCUUGUCCCUCAAAAACCCCAAUGACCCAGCAAUGGAAAUCCUGUGUGAGAGCCUCAAACAUCCACAAUGUACAAUAGAGAGGCUAGAGCUUUUUGACGAGAACACAAAUGAAUCUUAUAUGAGGCAUCUUACAGAAGUAUUCAGGAAAAACCAGAGUUUGAGAGAAUUAUGCUUGUUCCUAAAGAACCCAGAUGACAGAGCAAUCAAAGUCCUGUGUGAGGGCCUCAAACAUCCACAAUGUACAAUAGAGGGACUGAAGCUUGGUGGUGAGAUCACAAAUGAAUCCUACACAAGGCAUCUUGCAGAAGCAUUCAGGGAAAACCAGAGAUUGAGACAAUUAUGCUUGUCUCUAAAGAACCCAAAUGACAGAGCAAUGGAAGUCCUGUUUGAGGGCCUCCAACAUCCAGAAUGCUCAAUAGAGAUGCUACAGCUUGAUGGAGAGAUCGCAAAUGAAUCCUAUGUGAGGUAUCUGACAGAACUAUUCAGGAAAAACCAGAGAUUGAGAAAGUUGUUUUUGUCCCUCAAAAACCCAGAUGGCACAGCAAUGGAAAUCCUGUGUGAGGGCCUCAAACAUCCACAAUGUACAAUAGAGCAACUACAACUUGGAGGAGAGAACACAAAUGAAUCCUAUAUGAGGCACCUUACAGAAGUAUUCAAGGAAAACCAGAGAUUGAGACACUUAUGCUUGUCCCUAAAGAACCCAGAUGACAGAGCAAUGGAAGUUCUUUUUGAGGGCCUCAAACAUCCACAGUGUACAAUAGAGAAGCUACAGCUUGGUGGAGAGAACACAAAUGAAUCCUACAUGAGGCAUCUUACAAAAAUAUUCAGGAAAAACCAGAGAUUGAGAGAGUUAUCCUUGUCCCUCAAUAAUGCAGAUGACAGAGUAAUCAAAAUUUUGUGUGAGGGCCUCAAACAUCCAGAAUGUACAAUAGAGAGGCUAGAGCUUGGUGGAGAGAACACAAAUGAAUCCUACAUGAGGCAUCUUACAGAAGUAUUCAGGAAAAACCAGAGAUUGAGACAAUUAUGCUUCUCUCCAAAGAACCCAGAUGACAGAGCAGUGGAAGUCCUGUGUGAUGGCCUCAAACAUCCAGAAUGUACAAUAGAGACACUAGUGCUUGAUGGAGAGUCCGCAAAUGAAUCCUACAUGAGGUAUCUUACAGAAGUACUCAGGAACAACCAGGGAUUGAGAGAGUUAUGCUUGUCCCUCAAAAACCCUGAUGACAAAGCAAUGGAAGUCCUUUGUGAGGGCCUUAAACAUCCAGAAUGUACAAUAGAGCAGCUACAGCUGGGUGGUGAGAUCGAAAAUCAAUCCUACAUGAGGAAUCUUGCAGAAGUAUUCAGGCAAAACCACAGAUUGAGACAGUUAUCCUUGAACCUCGAUAACCCAGAUGACAGAGGAAUGGAAGUUCUGUGUAAGGGCCUCAAGCAUCCAGAAUGUUCAAUAGACAUGGUACUGUUGAAUGGACAAACAUUAUACAGAAUGGAAAAUAGAAUGAAAUGGACCACAUAGCUGUGUGAAGAGAAUGGCAAGCUUUGAAUCCUUGCAAAGCAGGAAGUGGCGCUAAUCUGACUACUUUUAGAAUUUCUGAAGCCCGAAUCUGGCUGUUCCCAGAGAAUGCAGACCGUCCAGUGAAAUUUUCUGAUCAGCUCAUGGAGUCGCUCUGGUUCCUUGCACCUGCCAAUGGCUGUGCCUCUAUUAUAGAUGCUGUCCUUGUUUGAUUGACCUACUGUAUGUUUACUUCCAUUCAGAAUAUGGUGAAGAAGAGUUGGAACUUAAUAUAUUUCAAGUGAACAUGUGAAGAUCUUUCUUUCAGGCACUGUACAGGUAGUCCUUGACUUACAACCAUUCAGUUAGUGACCAUUUAAAGUUAUAACGGCAUUGAAAGUAUGACCACAUACUUACAACUGUUGGAGCAUCCCCAUGGACACAGGAUCAAAUUUUGAAUGCUUGACAAUUGUUAUGUAUUUAUGAGUUUGCACUGUCCCAGGGUCAUGCGAUCACCGCUAAAAGAAAAUAUUUCUAGCUCAGGGUUGAUAUGAGAGUCCUGAGUGCUCUCUGAACUUGCUUGUUUUCUUGCAGAUAUUUCAUUACCCAAACUAGGUAACAUCAUCAGUGCUAGUGUGAUCCCCUUUUGCAACCUUCUGACAAGUUUAUGGAAAUGUGAACAAUAAAUCAUAACAAUAUUUUCUACAAAGCUCCUUUGAGCAGGGGGGUGAUAACAUUCCUUGAUUACCUGCCAUAAAGUUCAUAUCAACUCUUGGCAACCACACAGAUAAAAACUAUUGGUUUGAAUGGGCUGAACCAUUCAGAUUACAUGGGGAGAGAUUAAUGUAGGCGAGCAGAGUUUUCAGUUUGAAAGUAAUUAUCUCUUGAUGGUUUCUCUUUUGUAAACAUAACCAGGGAGAGGCCAUACUGUUAUCGACAAAUAAUAAUAUUCAUUUCAGGUUCUUCAAUAUCUCUGUUCAUAAUUGAUUUUUAAUAUCUGUUUGUAAUGUUUCUGACUAGUCUGUAAGAUUCAAGGAGGGCUAUUGAAAAACUCCUUUGGGAGAGACAUUGCAGGAGUUUUGGGGACAAACCAGACCCUGCAUAAAGUAUAUUUGCAUGGUAACUGCAUUAGUGCCAAGAAGAAGAAGCUGCUACGUGAAGACCCAAAAUACUUAGGAAUAAGUUAAAGAAGCUACGACAAUACAUCAGUUUCUUCUUUUCUGUUUGAUUUGUAUAUUGCUCAUCUGAUUUCUUAGGUUUUGUUGAUUAUAGAGGCAUUUUAAUCUAAAUCAAAUGAAGUAAAAUAUUUCGCUUCUGGUAUCUUCAACUUAUAUUUUCCUUGUUAAUGAGAAUUUAUUCACUCAUUCCAUGUAAGCUUUUUACCUGUUAUUAAACUUUUUCUUGUUUUUCUUGAGAAAGAGACAUUGAGAUAUUCAAACCUUUCUUACAAGUCAAAAUCUAAGAUAUAAUAAUUAACUGCUGGGAUGGUUAAAACCUUCAGAUUCAGCUGAAGAAGGUAGCCCAGGGGAGCCACAAUAUCAUAAAUUUUCUCCCCUGUCUCCACUUCCAACUGUCCCUUUCUGAUCUUCUGCUUUUCCAACUCUCCAUUUCUCUCCUCCUCUGCUUCUCCACUAAUUCUCCACCCCAUCUCCAUCAAACUUACCACGCCCAUCUUCCUCUUGCCUUCUUGUGACAUACUGUUCCACUUCCACAGGCCAAUCUCAACAUCCCAAAAAAACCUUCCAAAAAACCCUCCUCUGCAAAACUAUUUUGGAGCUCCAUCAAGCCUUUCAAUGUGCAUCCACCUUCGAUUGCUAAGCUAUCAGUUCAAAUAAAUUCUACUUCUGCUUCAAAGGUUCUCCUGUGUCUUUAUCAAAUAUCACAGUUAGUAUCUUCAGUGCUUGGCAUGUUCUGUUCAUCUUCCUGCCCGGACAGCCCUGGAUGUGGAAUCCAAGUCUUCUCAUAGCCAGACUUUGCUUCAGGCCCUUACAAACCCCAAAUGCUGAGCAGAUUUGGGAAACCCGGAAGAGGUUUUAAUUGAGCCAAGACAAAGUGAAAAUCUCUCAUUCAUCUUGUCUGAAACCAAAACCCUUGAUGAAACAUAGUCUGAUCCAGAGCUUUACAUGAAAAAGUGUGUGCUGAAUCAAACCUUUAUUACAAUCAGAGACCAGAUUUAAAAAUUUAAAAAAUUAAAAUAAAACAGAAGAAGGCAUGAUAGUAUAUUACAGUUAAUGGUGAGAUAACUGAUGAGAGGCCGAAGUCUGCCUCUCACCAAAAA